AGGAUGCCAGUGACAAGCGUUUGCAGCGGUCAAUGCAGACUGACCAGAUUGAUAGUCGGUUUGGGUUUGACCGCUACACUGACCCCCAAGAGAGGACAGGAUGGCUGGUUAACAUGCAUUCGGCUGACAUCCUGGAUGAGGAUAAAAGACUCAUCAGUGCUGUAGACUUUUACUUCAUUGAGGAUGAUGGAGGAAGGUUCAAGGUUUCACUCCCAUUCAAGCCGUAUUUCUAUGUAGCCACGAAAAAAGACUGUGAGAGAGAAGUUGCUUCUUUCCUGACCAAGAAGUUCUCUGGAAAACUGGCUAAAGUGGAGACUGUGGCAAAAGAAGAUUUAGAUCUGGCCAACCACCUGGUAGGACUACAGAGGAAUUACCUGAAGCUGUCGUUCUUUAGUGUUGAUGAGCUGAUGAAGGUGAGACGAGAUAUUCUACCUGCUGUCCGGAAGAAUAAAGAGCGAGAGAAAUCCGCAGAAUCUUACACAGUUAUGUUGACAAGUCACUUGACAGGUGAAGACUCAGGAGGUGUGUCCAAAAGGAUUUCCGACCAGAUGGACAACAUUAUUGAAGUCAGGGAGUAUGAUGUCCCAUAUCAUGUUCGUGUGUCAAUAGACCUGAAGAUCCAUGUGGGGUUGUGGUACUCGGUCAAAGGUCGUGGUUCGGGAGCCCCGGAGAUUCGACACAGAGAUGACCUUGUGGAUAGGCCGGACCCAGUUGUGCUGGCCUUUGAUAUUGAAACAACUAAACUCCCGCUGAAAUUUCCUGAUGCUCAGACAGAUCAAAUCAUGAUGAUAUCUUACAUGAUUGAUGCCCAGGGUUAUCUGAUCACGAACCGGGAGAUAGUGUCAGAAGAUGUGGAAGAUUUUGAAUACACGCCCAGGCCAGAGUUUGAGGGACCUUUCAUCAUAUUCAAUGAACCAGAUGAGAUGGCCCUCAUCCAGCGUUUCAUUGAUCACAUCCUGGAGGUCAAACCGCACAUAUUUGUCACAUACAAUGGAGAUUUCUUUGAUUGGCCAUUUGUUGAAGCCAGAGCUGCAUUCCACGGUAUAGACUUGACCAGGGAGAUUGGCUUCCAGAAGGACUCGCAGGGGGAAUACCACUCAUCUGCCUCAUCUCACAUGGACUGUCUCAAGUGGGUGAAGAGAGACAGUUACCUUCCAGUGGGUAGUCAGGGAUUGAAGGCUGUUGCUAAGGCUAAGUUGAGAUAUGACCCUGUGGAGCUGGAUCCAGAGGAGAUGUGUCGUAUGGCCAGUGAGGAGCCACAGGUCCUGUCCAACUACUCGGUGUCCGAUGCCGUAGCAACAUAUUACCUGUACAUGAAGUAUGUUCACCCUUUCAUCUUUGCCCUGUGUACCAUCAUCCCCAUGGAACCUGAUGAGGUGUUGCGUAAAGGCUCAGGCACGCUGUGUGAAGCCUUGCUCAUGGUUCAGGCCUUCCAUGCUAACAUCAUCUUCCCCAACAAGCAGGAGACUGUAUACAAUAAGCUGACAGAGGACGGCCAUGUUCUGGACUCAGAGACCUAUGUAGGGGGUCACGUCGAGGCUUUGGAGUCUGGGGUCUUCCGAGCAGACAUACCGUGUCGCUUCAGAAUGGUGCCUGAGGCCUUCCAGAUGUUGAUAGAGAAAGUGGACAGGACGAUGAAACAUGCCAUAGAGGUGGAGGAGAAAAUACCCCUGGAACAUGUCACAAAUUUUGAUGAGGUGUGCAAAGACAUUGUGGAGAAACUAUCAAACUUAAGGGACUGUCCUAACAGGCUUGAGAAUCCAAUCAUCUACCAUCUGGAUGUAGGAGCCAUGUACCCCAAUAUCAUCCUGACUAACAGACUACAGCCUCCAGCUAUUGUGGAUGAAGUGACUUGCGCUGCCUGCGACUUCAACAAACCAGGAGCGCUGUGCCAGAGGAAAAUGCCAUGGAUGUGGAGGGGAGAGUACAUGCCAGCCAGUCGGGGGGAAUAUCAAAGGAUACAGCAACAACUGGAGAAUGAGAAAUUUCCACCUAUGAUGCCAGGAGGACCUCCACGAGCCUUCCAUCAGCUCACGCGUGAGGAACAGGCCACAGUCGAGAAAAAAAGAUUAGCCGAGUAUUGCAGAAGAGCAUACAAAAAAGUGCACAUCACUCGCAAAGAGGAAAGGGAGGCAACCAUUUGUCAGCGAGAAAACUCGUUCUAUGUGGACACUGUGCGAGCUUUCAGGGACAGAAGAUAUGAGUUCAAAGGCUUGUGUAAGGUGUGGAAACAAAAGCUGGGGGAGGCAGAGAAGAGUAAGGACGCAGCUGAAAUUAAACGAGCCAAUGGAAUGUUGGUGUUGUACGACUCACUCCAGUUGGCUCAUAAAUGUAUUCUGAAUUCCUUCUAUGGCUAUGUCAUGAGGAAAGGAGCCCGCUGGUACAGUAUGCAGAUGGCAGGAAUUGUUUGUUUCACUGGUGCUAACAUCAUCACAGAAGCCAGAGAAAUUGUGGAACAAAUUGGACGACCGCUGGAGCUGGAUACAGAUGGUAUUUGGUGCGUGCUUCCAGCCUCCUUCCCAGAGAACUAUGUGAUCAAAACAACUCUCCCCAAGAAACCCAAAGUGACCAUUUCUUACCCCGGGGCCAUGUUAAACAUCAUGGUUAAGGAACGGUUCACCAAUGACCAGUACCAAGACCUGGUGGAUCCAGAGAGGCUUGAGUACUCUGUGCACAGUGAGAACUCCAUCUUCUUUGAAGUGGACGGUCCUUAUUUGGCCAUGAUACUCCCCGCGUCCAAGGAGGAAGGAAAGAAACUGAAGAAACGCUACGCGGUGUUUAACUUUGAUGGGUCACUGGCUGAACUGAAGGGAUUUGAGGUCAAGAGAAAUGGAGAACUUCAGCUUAUCAAGAUUUUCCAGUCUUCUGUGUUUGAAGCUUUUCUCAAGGGCACGACCUUGGAAGAGUGUUACUCUGCAGUGGCAAAGAUAGCUGAUUACUGGUUGGAUGUCCUGUACAGUAAGGCGGCUAAUAUGCCAGACUCGGAACUGUUUGAGCUGAUUUCUGAGAAGAGGAACAUGUCACGUAAGCUGGAGGAUUAUGGAGGCCAGAAGUCCACGUGUAUCAGCACAGCUAAAAGGCUUGCAGAGUUCCUUGGAGAUCAGAUGGUGAAGGAUGCAGGACUGAACUGUAAAUUUAUAAUAGCCAAGAAACCAGAGGGUGCACCGGUUACAGAGAGAGCAAUCCCUCUGGCGAUAUUCCAGGCAGAACCCAGUGUCAAGCGACACUUUUUGAGGAAAUGGCUUAAAAGCCCUGGAAUGGUGGAGUUUGAUAUGAGAGAGAUUCUGGACUGGCAGUAUUAUAUCGAGCGAGUGGGAGGAAGUCAGAAGAUUAUCACAAUACCUGCAGCUCUCCAGCAGGUAUCCAACCCUGUGCCACGCAUCCCUCACCCUGAUUGGCUGAGGAAGAAACUGCUGGAGCGGAUGGAUGUGUUCAAACAGAAGAAAAUCAGUGAGCUGUUUGCACCUGCCCCUAAACCUCAACCACAGGACGACUCAGAGGACCUUUUCACCCAGCCUGAAGCCCCAGAGGCAGACAGCUCUGUAGCUGACAUAGAAGACAUUGGUGGGAAAGACAGACAGAAGACGCUGCCGGUUGCCAUGGCAGGAAAGCGCAAACGACAACACAGUAGUCAGGAAAGCGGUGUCAACAGUCAGAAUUCGGAACUCUCCCAGACUUGGAGGGAGAUUCUGGGGCCUCCCCCACCCAUGGGCACUACUGUGGAGGAGAGAAAUGUGUGGAUCAGAUACCACAAGAAGAAAUGGGAGCUGCAAGCUAAGGAGAGACAAGAACGCAAACGUCGACGGGUUGAUUUUGGGGACAUCUCUGGUGUUCGCGCCCCCGCUGGGCCCCGUUCAGGACUGGGAGGAUUUUUGCGGAGGAAGGCCCGUAGUAUCAUGGAUAUGCCUUGGCAGAUUGUACAGAUGGCCAGCACAGAGCAGCCAGGACAGUUCAAACUCUGGGCUCUGAUUGGCUCAGAUCUCCAUGCUAUGAAGCUGGUCAUACCAAGGAUAUUCUACGUUAAUCAGAAGACCCCUAAAACGGGAGAGGGAGCCUUGUGGAAAAAGGUGAACAAAACGCUGCCGCGCUCUCACCCGGUGUUCAAUCUAUACGAAUACUCCGUCCCUGAGGAGGUCUACCAAAAACACAUCAAUGAGAUUAACGCUGACCUGUCGUCCCCUGACAUUGAGGGUGUUUACGAGACUCAGGUACCCCCCCUGUUCAGAGCCAUGGUAAGGCUGGGCUGUGUGACCACUGUCAACCGGGAUUUCGCCAAGUUCAUGGCAGGAAAGGACAUAGACACUUUUGAGCUGGAUCAGCUGCAGUUUAGAACCCUUGCUCAGUUUUCCUAUUUGGAACCUGGAACCAUGAAAUAUGUAUAUCUGUACAGCCAUAGCUGUGGGCAGAAGAUGAUGUUUGGACUGUUCUUUCCACUGUCUAAAAAAGCGACGCUGUUUGUCGUGGACACUGUACGGAGUGAUCAAAUGCCAAACCUAACGGCCAUGUACAAUACUGAGAGGAAUGUCAAGCUAACAAAGGGCGCUGAUGACACCAUGUUGCCUCCAGGUAACCACGCCUUUGAUGUCAAACAUGAAAAGGAUGUUCGACAGGUGUACAGGGCCAUCCAGAGGCUGUUGUCUGCAUACAGGGAUGAGAAACGUGGACCCACAUUCAUUGCUGUCCAAUCACAACAAGAUUUCCAGCAUCUGACCUCCGCCAUGCCUGGAAUUGGGGACUUCCCUCUUGUGCCCGUGAACAUUUCUGACAGUGAGGGUCUGUACAAUGUGCUGGACUGGCAGAGAGUGGGAUCAAAGAGGAUCAUACAACACUACCUCAACAUUGAUAUCAUUCUACAGGCCAUGAUGGAGCAGUGCCGCUACUUUCACAUUCCGAUUGGCAACAUGCCAAGAGACGUGACCAUAUUUGGCUGUGAUUUGUUCCUAGCGCGACAUCUGCAGAAACACAACCAUCUGCUGUGGUGUUCCCCAACUGACAGGCCCGACCUGGGCGGCAAGGAGGCUGAUGAUAACAGGUUGUGUUCUGAGUUUGAGGAGGGACAGACUCUGGAUGUGAACAACCCAGGCUCUUACCCUACAGUCUGUGUAGAGCUAGAUCUGGCCAGUCUGGCUGUCAACACCAUCAUAGAGUCUUCACAUGUGAACGAUCGAGAAGGAGCAAGUGUGGUCAGUUUUGAUCAGUUACCUCAGGCCUCUCUAGAGGACAUGAUGCAGGGUCAAGGUGCAGCUAUGAUGAUGACCAGCUAUGAUGAGACGGCCCUAUGCUCAGCUACAUUCAGGAUAAUGAAAAGUAUGGUCCAUGGCUGGGUGAGAGACGUGACAGCUCAUGGGAAUGUGUUUGCUGAUAACCAAAUCAUCCACUUCUACAGGUGGUUACGCUCCUCUAGUUCCCUGUUAUACGACCCAGCAUUGAGGCGAACCCUUCACAACCUAAUGAAGAAAGACUUUAUGCAGCUAAUAGCAGAGUUCAAAAAGCUUGGUUCCACCAUUGUGUACGCUAACUUUAACCGCAUCAUCCUGUGUACAAAGAAGCGUCGUAUUCUGGACGCUGUGGCGUAUGUGGAGUACAUUACCAACAGUAUCAAGUCUAAAGAACUCUUCCAUCUGAUUGACAUGACCUAUGAGCAGUGCUGGGAAUUCCUCAUGUGGCUAGAUGUUGCUAACCAUGGAGGAGUGAAGGGCAAACUGCCAACUCUACCACCAGAAGCCACACCCAUUGAUGGUGAAAGAGCAGAGAAUAGUGACAGUGAUGUGGAGAUUGAUGACUGUCAGAGAGAACCAGAGGAGGAGCUUAACAAGUCAGAUGAUGAGGAUGGUCCUGAAAUUGAGAUGAACUGGAACAUGGCCAAGUUCCUGCCUGAGGCAGCGGCCUGUCAGACAAACUUUAACAUAAAAGACUGCAACAUGAGGACGUACUGCACCUGUGCAGGAGAGUACACCACUACCAUGUCGCUGGAAGACUUGGGAAAGAAACUCAAAACUUUCCAGGGAAUAGCCAGACAUUACAAUAUGGAAUUUUUGCUGGAGACAGUGACCUGGAUGUUGAAGAUGAAUCCACAGAUACGAUGA